UGCAGAAUAGUAUGAAUUCAUAUUAUUUCGAGGUUUCUCGUCAGCUGCUUAUAAACCAAAAAAUGUGAUAGAAUAUUUACAUUGAGAUAGAGUGAAAACAAAUGACAUAGAUGAGUGUAAAUAACUGGGUAACAAUAAUAACUAUAUAUAUAUAUAUGCUAGAACAGGUCAGAGGUCAAAAGGAAUUAAUUCGGGUUGGGUGGUGUAAUAAUGGAAUUGAAUAAUCAUAACAUAGGUUACGUAAUAAUAAUUAAAUAGAAUUUGAAAAGUUAAGAUAAUUUAAGAGGAUCAAGUGGUGGAAAUGUGUGGAUAAUAAUGUGGUUUAAGAAUUAUGUAAUUGUUAGGAUAGUCGGAAAAAGAGACCAAUAAUUAUCAUGUUAAGUUCAAUGGUGUCCUUGAACCUUAAAUGUACAUUUCUUAUUGGUCGAUGUUUAUUUCACUUGUUAAAUAUUGUACAAAUGUUGUUUCCUAUUUUAUGGUACGAUGUGGUUUGUUUGCUUGGUAUAUAAAUAGAGUAUGUUUGAAAUAUAAUGAUUCAUAACCCAGAGGCUGUGACUUGUGUUCUUCACUCAACUGGGCUAGGACGGACAGCGAAGCAGGGCCAAUCAGGCCACUAGGUCGUGCUUACAUGUUUACGUGUCCACUGUCACAGAUCGCGGUCGAUAUAUAAACGCUGCCUAGCAAAACCUGCAGUCACACACACACAACCGUUACAACAAUUGGCGACGGGGUAGAAAAAAUUUUGAACCCUCUAAUUGGACGAGAUUCAGCAUAUUUAUUUUGACCAAUCAGUAUCCAGAUUUAUCAUUGGCGUCCUUGGGAAUCAUUGGUUGUUAAUUGAUUACAGUAUUUCUCAUUACCCUGCUGACUGAGAAAAUGAAUAUCCUUCCCGAUCAGUUGCAGCUACUACUAUAUCGCCAGCAGCAGCGUUUCAGAGAAAGCCAGUUGAAUGUUUUGGACAAUUUACGCACGCGACUGCUAAAUCUCCCAUGUUUCGGAGAUGUGAAGGAGAUUGACGAAUUGAUUUCUCACUUGCAUACUGAACUCGAGAAUGACUGCAGGACAUAUGAAGAUGAAAACAAAAGCCUCUAUGAUUCCCUUAUGACCAGUAAUGCAAACGAGGCAGUCACUCAUGAUCCGUCCAGCGAUCCAGAAUUGUCCAAUUCAGAAGCAUGCCCUGUUGUGGGUUCAAAUCCCACUGUGCCUGAAACAUGUGAGGUAUCCAGCUUACAAGAAGAACCUCUCGUGCCAGAAAAUGUUCCCCGUGCAUCAAAUAAUGGUCAGAAAUCAAAUACAGAUUUCGAAGAUGCUGUCUAUUUUAGUGACCUAUUAUCCAGUGAUGGAAUUUUGAAGAGGUCUGAUGAAUAUGUUUCACAAGAAUCAAACCUUGAUGACCUCAUGUCUGGUGUCGCUAAUCCUCAUCAUCUACUCAGUUUUAGUGAACCCUCUACUCAAUGCGCGAAAUAUGCUUUAAAUAGAGUCAGACUAACUGUUACUUGGGUAUAUGAGGACCCAACGUUAUUUCGCGGGGGAGGACGGACGCAGAAAAUUUUAAAACGCAGAUAUGAACUCCGCAUCUUUCGAAAAAGGGGAGGUGUUAGGAUAGUCGGAAAAAGAGACCAAUAAUUAUCAUGUUAAGUUCAAUGGUGUCCUUGAACCUUAAAUGUACAUUUCUUAUUGGUCG